AAGGUCCUCAUCGAGGGCUCUAUUAACUCUGUGCGCGUCAGCAUCGCGGUGAAGCAGGCUGAUGAGAUCGAGAAGAUCUUGUGCCACAAAUUCAUGCGCUUCAUGAUGAUGAGGGCCGAGAACUUCUUCAUCCUGCGCAGGAAGCCUGUGGAGGGCUACGACAUCAGCUUCUUGAUCACAAACUUCCACACGGAGCAGAUGUACAAGCACAAGCUGGUGGACUUUGUCAUCCACUUCAUGGAGGAGAUCGACAAGGAGAUCAGCGAGAUGAAGCUCUCUGUCAACGCCAGGGCCCGCAUCGUGGCGGAGGAGUUCCUCAAGAACUUUUAGGCCAUGGUGCAGGACCCCGUGGCCCCUCGACGCUUGUG